AUGCAUCAUCAUCCAUGCAAUCGCAAAUCCAUCACCGUCGUCUCCUUCUUCUUCCUUCUCUAUCUUAGUCUCCAUAAUCCACAAACCAUCGAAGCUCGAAACCCUUCUCAGUUUACGAUCAAUCCAUCCCCUGACGUCGUCAAUAUAUCGGAAAUUAAACGUCACCUUCACCGGUUCGGUUAUCUCCCACGAAACAACAACGAUUCCGACGCCGUUUCGUUCGAGCAAGCCCUCUCUCGUUACCAGAAAAACCUCGGUCUACCGAUAACCGGGAAACCAGAUUCCGACACGUUGUCGCAUAUCCUAUUACCAAGAUGUGGGUUCCCUGAUGACGUGGAACCCAAAACGACUGCGUUUCACACAGGACAAAAAUACGUGUACUUCCCUGGAAGGCCCAGGUGGACAAGAGACGUCCCACUGAAACUCACCUACGCCUUCUCGCAGGAGAAUCUCACACCUCACUUAACCCCAACAGAGAUACGGCGCGUGUUCCGACGCGCUUUCGGCAAGUGGGCUUCGGUGAUCCCUGUGAGCUUCAUCGAAACAGAGGAUUACGUCGUCGCAGACAUCAAAAUCGGAUUCUUCGGCGGUGAUCACGGUGACGGAGAGCCGUUCGACGGUGUUCUAGGCGUUUUAGCGCACACUUUCUCGCCGGAAAACGGUAGGCUUCAUUUAGACAAAGCAGAGACUUGGGCCGUCGAUUUCGAUAAGGAGAAAUCGACGGUGGCGAUCGAUUUGGAGUCUGUAGCGGUGCACGAGAUAGGUCACGUGCUUGGGCUGGGUCAUAGCUCGGUGAAAGACGCGGCUAUGUAUCCAACUUUGAAGCCUAGAAGUAAAAAAGUGGAUUUGUAUAUUGAUGACGUCGAUGGAGUACAGUCUUUGUACGGAACAAACCCUAACUUCACGUUAAGUGGUUUACUUGCGUCGGAAACUUCGACCAAUUUAGCAGAUGGUACGAUGAUUCGGUCUGAAGGACUUAUCUACUCCACUUUGAGUACUGUUCUCGUUCUAGGUCUACUUCAUUUCUAG